AAGUAAAAAACUCAUAUAAUUCCCCCUCUUUCAACUCUUUUUUCUUAUUCUCUAUCCUCUAGGCCAUGGAACUUCACUUCCAAAACCACCAAAAAGAAGGCGGCGUUAGGGAGGCGGCCGCCAACAAGAGAAGGAAGUUUGUAGGGGUGAGGCAAAGGCCCUCUGGGAAAUGGGUGGCAGAGAUCAAGAACACAAGUCAGAAGAUCAGAAUGUGGCUGGGGACUUUCGACACAGCAGAAGAAGCUGCCAUGGCCUAUGAUGAAGCCGCCUGUCUUCUCCGUGGCUCCAAUACUCGAACCAACUUCAUCAACCAUGCCCCUCCCAAUCCUGCCCUCUCACUCAAAAUCAGAAACCUCCUUACCCAGAAGAAGAAAAACCUCAAAAAAACCCCCAUGAUUUCCCCUUCCCAAACCCCUCCUGCUAGUGAUGAUAGUAAGAGCUUUGUUAGUGUUACUGCCCCAGAUGUUCCAGUUCUUGAUAAUGCAUAUAAGCCUGGCUUUAGCUUCUCUGCAGGGGGAUUAGGACAUGAUCAUUCAUCACUUAUGGUGGAUUUUGAUAGGUUUCUUUUGGCCCAAUCAGAUGAGGUUCUUAAAGGGAAUCAUGAAGAUGAGAUUUCAGAGUUUGAGCACAUGAAAGUGGAGAGGGAAAUCUCAGCAUCAAUGUAUGCCAUGAAUGGAGUUAAUGAGUAUUGGGAGAAUGUGCAUGAAUAUGAUUGUAGUAGUGAUCAUGCUUUCUUGGAUCUGCCAAUGUUAUGCCAAAUGUUCUGCUCAACUUAAAUUUUAGUAGUUGUAGUAGUAUAGUAGGGAGGCUGGAAUAUUGAGUUGAUCCAAAAUCAUGAAUUUUUAGCCAUUAGAUUUGAAGCUCUCUGUGAAGUCUUGGAACAUCAUGGAGGUGUAAUCUUGAAAAUCAAGUUUCUUCUUUGACAAAUUUGCAUCAAUUUCAGUUCUUUAAAUUUUCUAAUUAUUUUGGAAUACGACUUUUGAUGUCAAACUAUGGAUUUCUAGUAUGACUUUUUAUUGGGUGGUUUGCAUUUUUUGUGUAAUGCAACACAAA